AUGAAGUGGAUCGUGGUGGCCUUGGUCUGCUUCCAGGUCUUGGAGGCAGCAGUAAUCAAAGUUCCCCUGAAGAAAAUGAAGUCCAUCCGUGAUAUCAUGAAGGAGAAAGGCUUACUGGAGACCUUUCUGAAGACCCACAAGUAUGACCCUGCCCAGAAGUACCACUUCAGUGAUUUCAGUGUGGCCUAUGAGCCCAUGGCCUACAUGGAUGCUUCCUACUUUGGAGAAAUCAGCAUUGGGACUCCACCCCAGAACUUCCUAGUCCUCUUUGACACUGGCUCCUCCAACCUGUGGGUGCCCUCUGUCUACUGCCAGAGCCAGGCCUGCACUGGCCACUCCCGAUUCAACCCCAGCCAAUCUUCCACGUACUCCACCAAUGGGCAGACCUUCUCCUUGCAGUAUGGCAGUGGUAGCCUCACCGGCUUCUUUGGCUAUGAUACUCUGACUGUCCAGAGCAUCCAGGUCCCCAACCAGGAGUUCGGCCUCAGUGAGACUGAGCCGGGUACCAACUUUGUCUAUGCUCAGUUUGAUGGCAUCAUGGGCAUGGCCUACCCUGCCCUGGCUGUAGGUGGUGCCACCACAGCCCUGCAAGGCAUGCUGCAGGAGAACGCCCUCAACAGCCCUGUCUUCAGCUUCUACCUCAGCAACCAACAAAGCUCUCAGAAUGGAGGAGCAGUCAUCUUUGGGGGUGUAGACAACAGUCUGUAUACCGGCCAGAUCUAUUGGGCCCCUGUCACCCAGGAGCUCUACUGGCAGAUUGGCAUUGAGGAGUUCCUCAUUGGUGGCCAGGCCUCUGGCUGGUGCUCCCAGGGUUGCCAGGCCAUUGUGGACACAGGCACCUCUCUGCUCACCGUACCCCAGCAGUACCUGAGUGCCCUUGUGCAGGCCACAGGGGCCCAGCAGGACCAGUAUGGACAGUAUGCUGUGAGCUGUAAUAGCAUCCAGAGCCUGCCCACCUUCACCUUCAUCAUUAAUGGAGUGCAGUUCCCUCUGCCACCCUCAUCUUACGUCCUCAGCAAUAACGGCUACUGCACGUUGGGAGUCAUGCCCACUUACCUGCCUUCCCAGAACGGCCAACCCCUGUGGAUCCUUGGGGACGUCUUCCUCAGGUCCUACUACUCUGUCUACGACAUGGGCAACAACAGGGUGGGCUUCGCCACUGCCGCCUAG